AUGUUUGGCAGCAUCCCCAGGGGCCCUAGCAGGGACGGGGGCAACAACAGGGACCCUUCCAAAGGUGGCAGUGCCCCAAGGGGCCCUCCUAGGGGAGGCGGUGCCAGCAGGGGCCCUUUCAGGGGUGGCGGGGCCUCCAGGAGCUCCACAGGGACGGCAAUGACCCCAGGCUUCCCCUUCUGGGGCUUUUCCAGGUGCCGCUGCGCCCACAAGGGCCCUCCCAGGGGUGGCGGAGCCGUUAGGGUCCCUUCCAGGGGGGUGGUAAUCCACAGGGGCCCUCCCAGUAGUGACGGGGGCCCUCCAAGAGGCGGUAACGACUCCAAAUGCCCUCCCGGGCAGCUAAGCGUCCUCAACAGGGGUGGCGCUCAGGGGCCAGGGAGUGGUUGGCCUCGCCAGGGUUUCCCAGAACAGCCCGCCCUAAGGGAGCCUCAGAAUCUCCUUCUCGGGGAACCCUCUAAAAUUAUCCUAGUAUAA